UGAAGAAGAGAAUGGUGUCUCUCACAGCACUACUGGAAUGCCUGCGGUACGGAGGGGAAAUAAAUGUUCCAUGGGCCUUGUGGGGGGGUGGGGGCCCUGGAUGGAGCGGAUGUGGCCACAUCAAAUAACCUUCACCCUGUGUUACGCUUGUGAACUUCCCUGCUGGACACUGGCCUGCACAUGAAGACUGGGGGGGCCCCCCCCUUUUCUGUAUGGUGUACCUCUGAAUCCCUUGAUGCAUGCCUGAAGGCACAGAUAUUACCAAAUCUGCACAAGGUCUUUGCCAGUUGUGAUUUCAAAUUUGUUUAAUGCAGUCUUGAUCUAGGAUAUUUUGAUGUUAUUUUGCAGCAAUGGCUAAGUAAAAUUGAGGUUUGGGAAAUUAAUUUCAACAGUUGUGGGCCACAGCCAAUAAUAGUAUGUUUUAAUCUUUUUUGGGGGAGGAGCAGGGUCUGGACUCAUGCAUGUGACGCACGUACUUCCCUACCAACCUUUCCUGAUUAUUUCACACACUUGUAUACCCAAGGAAAUUCCAAGGUGGAUUUCCACAGUUGCUGCUCUAGUUCUGUCCCUGGGGAUGGUGGGAGAGAGCAAGGUACCAGAAUCCAGAUAAUCUUAGCUAACUCAAAAGAUGAUGGAAUUGAAUAUCCUGGCCUCAGAUUGUUAAGGGGGAGGGAGGAUAACUAUCACAUAGAGUGGCCUGGUUUGCUUUGGGGCCCGUCUGGCGGCAUUUUCUUGGGCCAGUUGCUUUUGCCCUGGCUGGCUGGUAGUCUCUGGAUGGUGUGUGUGGUGGGGGAACUUUGGUUUAGGGCGGAGACAAGGCUGAGAACACAGGUUUCCUUGUGCCUCAGGAGGGGAGGAGAGGGAGGGCAAGAGGAAGGAGACCCCACUUGCUUGCUUGCUCACAGUCCAUGAUGACGGUGUCUCCAGUGUUUCUCGUCAUCGUCUUGCUCUGUGGUUUCCCAGGACCUGGAGGGGCAAGCCGCCCCAUGCCCAAGCUGGCUGAACGGAAACUCUGUGCUGAUGAGGAAUGCAGCCACCCCAUUUCUAUGGCGGUGGCCCUUCAGGACUACGUGGCUCCUGACUGCCGAUUCCUGACCAUACACAGGGGCCAAGUGGUGUAUGUCUUCUCCAAGCUGAAAGGCCGUGGUCGCCUCUUCUGGGGAGGCAGUGUCCAGGGAGAAUACUAUGGAGAUCUGGCUGCUCGUCUGGGCUAUUUCCCCAGUAGUAUUGUCCGAGAGGACCAGACGCUGAAACCUGGCAAAGUUGAUGUGAAGACCGAUAAAUGGGAUUUCUACUGCCAGUGAACUCAGGCUACUGCUGUCCCUGCUGUGCUUUAAACAAAAUACAUCAGCCCAGUGCAA